GGUCGGUCUCGAUGCAUGAAUGACGCCACGAAAUGCCACAAUGUUGCUGUGCCUCUGGCAAGAGGACAAAGUGCAACUGGGUAUGGACUCUCAGCUGCACCUGUUCGCUGGCGGCCGUCGUCAUGACGGUGGUCAUUUACUUCCGAGACCGACGCGUGAGCGGCGAGGUGUACCCGGGCUACGCGGUUGAAAGCUCCGCUUUCAAUGCGCCAUUCCGGUGGUCCCGUAAUGGCGCCUACCGGAUGGCACCGGCAUCCGCCAAACUGCUCAUUCAGCCGCCCGAAGGCGCCUGUGCCAAGGCGUUUGGUGGAGACAACAGCAGCGCCCCUCAGGAGAGCUUCCUUGUGGUUGUGCACUCGGCGCCGCACCACUUCGAGCACAGGUCCGCCAUAAGAGCGACGUGGGGCAGGGAUGCCAGCAUUCCUUUACACAGUGGCGAUGUCAGUGGGGACGCCCUCGUACUAUUCGCCAUGGGCAGGCCCAGCUCCUCACCGCUUCAGCACCAGACACAGGUCAAAAUAGCCACAGAAGCGGCUUUGCACCAAGACAUUGUCCAGGGUUCCUUCCCUGGCACCUUCAGCGCUUCUCUGCCGCUCAACGCCAUCAUGCUCAAGUGGGCGUUUCUGGCAUGUCCGCAAGCGAGCUACGUCGUCAAGGUUUCCGACGACUCCUUCGUAAACAUGCGACGGCUACGUGAGACCCUCGGAGCCGCGCAACUUCGUACCUCUGUCGUCUACGCCCACAUCUACCGCAAACCUUCUGUGUGGAACGGCCACAAGCUGACAUUCAUUAGGGACAACAUCUGCGUAGCUUGCGGCUAUGCAAUGAGCGGCGAUGCGGUGCCCCAGCUCCUGAACCGGUCCACACACGGGGGCUUCACCAGCGUCGAACACCUCUUCUGGAGCGCCGCUCAGGACCGCGUCGCACCUCUAAGGCUCGUGAACGUGCAGGCGUUCUCCACCACUCGUGGUGCGGGCUCGAGCAAUUUUCCGUGUGGUGUAAGGGACGCCAUAGCGAGCCACCACUUGAGCGCGGACGACAUGCACGAGGCGUGGAAGGUGCUGCACAAUGGCACAGCGCCGCGCGUCGAUAAACGCACUGAAUCGGAACUACGCGAUUCGUAGCGUCGUGCGAUACUUCAGAAUACUAGCUUCGGCGCUACACUACAGAACGGCAUUGUCGUUCCGUAUAGCCUGGUAUUCACAGGCAACAUUCAGUAGUUUUUUCAAAUCACAGCGCUGCUAUAUUUAAUGAACCUGCGAAACAAAAGAAAAAGCAGCCCAGUCAUAGAAUGGCAUGUAUUACGUUUCUCAUUCGAUGCAAAGGAGAGUAAAAUUAUACCCGU